GAUACCGAAAACGAUAUCGCUGCAGCAGGAAAUUGCUAAAAAUUGCUAGAAAAUCGCAACGGUAAAUCUUAAAACUAUUGAAAAACUAUAAUUAAAGUGGCAGAGUGUUAUUUGAUCAUAAUUUCAGUGCGAAAAUCUUCAAUAUAUAGAUCUAAGUGGAACAAUAACAUCUAAAACGAAUCAAAAAGUGAUUAAAUUUAUAACAGAACAAAGUGAAAUAUUAAUAUUCACGCUUAUACGCAUAGUGUAGUGAAAAAUUAAAAAAAAAAAACGGUGGAAAAUGAAUAAUGAUGAUAAAAGUAACGACUUAAGUGUGUGUUCUACUGCUAUAACAACUACAACGUCGACACCAACGUCAGUGUCUAAUAUAAAUAAUACAACAACAACACCCGCAUCGGCAUCAACAUCAGCAGUUACCGUGGCUUCAACAAUUAAAGCUCAAAAGUCUACUGCCAGCAAAUUGAAGCAGUCAGCGAACCUGCAAUCAAUAAAGAAAGCAGUUAACGUUAACAGCAACAACAAUAAAAGCAAUAACAAUAGUCUUAAAUUAGCAGCUGUAGCAGCCGCCGCUGUUACAUCUGGAACUACCACAACCAACAUCUCCUUAAAAAAGUUAUCAAGGAAUGCAACACAACAAGGUGGAGGAAACAAAAAAAUCUUGACCGCUAAUCCCAUCAAUACUGAUAGUUGUAGCGAAAGUAUAACUGCAGUUGUCCCAGAAGCAGGCAGCAAAAAAACGGCUACCAACAAUAAUAACAGUAAAAUUAAUACAACUAAAUCACUUAUAAGCAACAAUAAUAAUUAUUCUGCUUCCGCAGUUCCCGCAGCCGCCGCCGUUAAUGGCAAUAGCAGUACUAGCAUCAAUAUAAAGAAUAACAGUAAAAUGUCUAAAAUUGCAGCCGCCAAAGUUGCCGCAUCCAGUGCCAAUGUUAACGCAAACGCCAUUGCGGCCGAUUGCGUUAGUGGUACAACACCUGAUCCAGCGUCAACAAUCACAAGUACGGGAGUUGGUACUGAUAGCGGUACUGGAUGUAGUAACAACACCGACACCUCUAAUCCGUCAUCUAUUCCUGCAAUAGUUUCGAACGCACCUGCCAAUACAACAACGUCCUUUAGUCCAGCCGGCGGCAGUAGCAACGGUAAAGCAUUAGGAUCCACAAAUAAAAAAUCCGCUAACAAUGCUUCAACCGUGGCUGUUUCCACAACUGCAUCGGCAAAGGCAAAAAUUUACCAAAUAAAAACAAAUCCCCUGUCAUUACUAGUGAACACAUCGCAGAAUGCCACAGCUCCUACAAAAAACAAUGGUAGCAAUGGCGGAAACGGUAGUACCGGCAAUAACAAUUCUGGAACAUCUUCACGUGUUGGAGCAGUAGCAGCUAUUAAGCAAAAACUGAAAGCUUCAGCUGCUGAUGCUGCUGCAGCUGUUGGUAUACCCACCGUCAUAGCUGGAAAUUCUCGUUCCGCCUCAUCGUCAACAUCGUCCAAUUUAUCGUUGGCCUCGUCUGACACACGUCAUAAGCGACCCAGCGAAAAUUCGGAUACUGAUACGGAACUAUCCCGCCAACCACCAGAUCUAUCUGAAUCUGAUGAAGAGUCAGUUUCAGAAUCGAUCCUUUUGGCAUGCUUGUGUCUAAGGCCAGAUCUUCUGGAUGAUAUCCCAGAAUCUGAUGCUGAUAGUUGUGGGCAUGAAGAGGAUAACGAAUCUGAGGAAGACAACGAGGAUGAAGAUGAUGAUGAGGAAGAGGGCGAAGAGGAUGAAGAAGAAGACGAGGAUCCGCCAAAUGAAGUAAGUGGCAAUUUCUCGGUUGGCUCCACAGAGGAAGAGGAGGAUGAAGACGAAGAAAUUCAGGAUCCGAAUGAAACGACUGGCGAUUUUUUGCUGGAAGGUAAUAACUGCGCACACUACGAAGGUGAGAAGCCACCUGUGUUACGUCAUGCCACCCAUGCCAUCGAUGAGACUAAACAGGCUUUGACCAAAAUGCGAAGCGGCAACACACCACGCGAAAAAACAAUUUUCUCCCAAACUCUUAUUGCCGCCUGCACCGACAACGACGUUCCGACCGUUCGCCGAUUGCUAAGUAAAAAUACUAUGAAUAUUAGCGAAUCCACUGAUGACGGCGAAUCCUUACUCUCGAUGGCCUGCUCAGCUGGUUAUUACGAGCUGGCGCAGGUGCUACUCGCCAUGCAGGCAGCUCAAGUAGAAGACAAGGGCCAAAAGGAUUGCACACCUUUAAUGGAGGCAGCCUCCGCUGGUCAUGUAGAAAUCGUCAAACUACUGAUAAGUCACAAUGCUGAUGUGAAUGCCCAUUGCGCCACUGGAAAUACACCGUUAAUGUUCGCUUGUGCCGGCGGUCAUGUGGAAGUAGUUAAGGAGCUACUAAAGCAUGGUGCGAAUGUGGAGGAACAAAACGAAAAUGGGCAUACACCAUUAAUGGAAGCAGCAUCAGCCGGUCAUGUUGAAGUGGCUAAGGUACUUUUGGAUCAUGGUGCUGGUAUUAAUACACACUCGAACGAAUUCAAAGAAAGCGCACUAACACUGGCUUGUUACAAGGGUCACUUGAAUAUGGUGCGUUUUCUAUUACAAGCUGGCGCUGAUCAGGAACACAAGACCGACGAAAUGCACACCGCUCUUAUGGAAGCAUCAAUGGAUGGUCAUGUCGAAGUAGCGCGUCUGCUUUUGGAUUCGGGAGCCCAAGUGAAUAUGCCAACCGAUUCGUUUGAGUCUCCAUUGACUUUAGCUGCUUGUGGCGGUCACGUCGAAUUGGCCACUUUACUAAUCGAGCGUGGCGCUAACAUUGAGGAGGUAAACGACGAAGGCUAUACACCACUUAUGGAGGCUGCACGAGAGGGUCAUGAAGAUAUGGUUGCACUGCUCUUGAGCAAAGGCGCAGAGAUCAAUGCCACCACAGAGGAGACUCAAGAGACCGCACUUACACUCGCUUGUUGUGGAGGCUUCAGUGAGGUUGUCGAAUUUCUUAUUAAAGAAGGAGCAAACAUUGAACUGGGUGCUUCCACUCCGCUAAUGGAGGCAGCGCAAGAGGGUCACACCGAUUUGGUACGCUACCUAUUGGAAAAUAAGGCUAAUGUCCAUGCAGUCACACAGACAGGUGACACGGCACUAACACAUGCCUGCGAAAAUGGACACACGGACGCAGCCGAGGUGUUAUUAAGCUAUGGCGCCGAACUAGAGCACGAAUCCGAAGGCGGUCGUACACCGCUAAUGAAGGCAAGUCGUGCCGGUCACUUAUGUACUGUAAAAUACCUUAUCCAAAAAGGCGCUGAUGUCAAUAAGCCAAGCAGCAGCAACGACCAUACACCACUUUCCUUAGCCUGUGCGGGAGGCCAUCAGGCCGUAGUCGAGUUAUUGCUGAAGAGUGGCGCUGAUCCCUUUCAUAAGUUAAAAGACAACAGUACCAUGUUGAUUGAGGCCGCUAAAGGUGGACACACGCGCUGUGUGGAAUUACUCUUCAAAUAUCCGUUAUUCGUGCAAAAUCACCAGAACGAACUGCAAUCGGCAGCAGCAGCUGCAGCAGCCGCGGCCAAUGCUGCCACUGCCGCCGGUCCAGUGAAUAUAAAUAACACCUUACGCUUCGUAAAUCCGCAACAACACAAACAAUUGCAACAACAGUUGCAGCAGUUGAGUGCUCCGCCCGGUUUACAGGUAUCCGAAGCGAUGCGUGUUUCGAAUCAACAACAGCAAUUUCAUCAACAACAAUUCAGCGCCACUACAAUGACCACCACCAAUGGCACGAACAACAACAAUGUUGUCACAGCUGUCGCCUACACCGAAGAACAUUUGCCAUUAAAUUCGACCGGUGAUGCAAAUAGCGAGGAGUUCGCUGCCAUCGACAUCAACUCGUUAAGCGCACAGCAGCAGGAGGCUUUAAUUGCCAAGUCGCGCCUCUUUCAUUUGCAAACCGGUUUCGAACAGGGCCUUACAUUGGGCCGUGAGCAACUCUCACAACCACAACAGCAGCAGCAGCAACAGCAACCACCUCUACCCGGUCACAGUAACAAUGCACAGCGUAAACAUUUCGAACUGGACAUGACGCACAUAAAUGCUUUGACACCACCACAAAAGGCACCGCCAGCUCCACCAGUGGGCGGUGUUGUUACACAACAACAAUCGCUGCAACAACCACAAUUCCAAUUGCAACCACAAUUGCAACAGCAUUCAGUGCAGCCUACAAUGAAGUCGAAGAGUAGCAAUGCAUCGCGUAAGAAUCGCCAGCCACCAGCGCCUUUCGAGCUUAACCUACCAACGCCCAAUUUGGCUAAUAUCGCACUUGAACAGCAGCAACACCAACAGCAGCUGGAGCAAAUGCAGCAGCAGCAGGAACAGCAGCCGGACGAGGUGCGCUCGCAACCACUGGGCGAUGACGGAAGUGGUGGCUCCAUUGUAGCAGUUGGUAGUGAAGCAGAUGGACAACAAAACCGUUGCUUCAUGCGUCGUUGCUUUUUCAAACCCGAAUUCCACAAGAUUGGUAUUGAGAACAAGUCGGUUGUAACGGCAAAUGCAUUGCCACCUGUUAAUUAUAUGGACUUGACUGGUGUCGAGGGCGUUGAGGCCAUGGCUAGCAAUGCUGCUUCGGGUGUGAGUGCGUUGGGCGAUAACGAAAUGACUUCGAUUUUCCUAACUGGCAAUGCCGGCAACGGCGCCCAAUCUCAACAAAUGCUUAACAUGCCAUCGGAUAAUAUGAUGAUUGAAUUACUGGAUGCCAGCGCUGUUGCCGAUGCAGCAACAGAGCUACGUCAACACCAACACCAACAACAACAGCAGCAAUUGCAACAGGAUCCAACUAAAACUAUGCUGAACACACAGCAAUACAAAAAUAGUGGUCUAGCUGUUGCCGCUUUGGAGGCUAUGUCAGCAGUAAACAGUAUACAAAAUAAUCGCAAUUUUACCAAUAAAAAUACCAAUAACAAUUUGAAUCAAAAGAGCACCCAAAUCACAACUCCAUCGGAAGUGUCGCAGAGCACAGCUAUAAGUGAUCGACCAAAAGCUAAGCCAGUAUCGAAAAAGGAUAACAAAUUCCGUAAAACUGUAUUUCCGCAAUCGCCUGUACUACAACAAAACCAGAUGGUAUCCAUUUACAAUAAAUUGCCGUUACUUCUAACCAACGAAAUCAAACCGAGCCUGCAGACAAAGCAGGUUAUCAUGACACAAAUGGCGUUUGCCGCACAACAACAACAACAACAACAGCAGCAACAACAACUGUCAAGCGGUUUAGAUUUGAGUAGUGGUGGCGAUAACGCGAUUGCAUUGAACAACUCUCCAGCUUCUCCCUUGGCGUCUCCUUCCAAUGCGGCAGUCGCAGCAGCAACGUUUAUGCAAGAACAACUGCACAUGCCAGCUAUCGGCACCGAGGAUCACCACCAACAUCAACAACAACAGCAGCAGCAGCAGCAGCAGCAUGAGGUUACCUCUACCAUAUUGCAAGCUUUCCAAGCAAUGCAAUCACGCAAUGUGGGCGAUGAUGCUGCGUCAGCCGCGUUGGCAACCGUCUGCGGUAUGAGCGCCGCCGAACAGCAAGAGUAUUUGAAGGAACGUUACCAGUUGUACGAUAUGCCACGCUUCUUCGAUGACCAACCGAAGUCACCAACCGAGACUCCACCACCACCACUGCCAGAUAAUAAACAGCAACAACAGGAAAUCUACAGCGAAGAUGGCAUUGCUGUGUUGGAGGAGGAAGUGGAAUUGGAUGUUGAGCCGGAUGGCGAGAGCGUUGCUGAAAUGAAGAAUCUUGCAACGUUGGUCACCGCUGCAGCAGCUGCCGCACCCAAUAUGCUGCUCGAGCAUGUUGCCAUGUCCGGUGAUGCAAACAAUGCUGAUGAAAAUGCAUUGCACAUGGACGAAUAUGGCGAAGCUGAAGACGAUGAAGAUGCCACUGUUGAAGCCGAUCAGUCCGCUGCAGCGCAUGAUAUGUUGGAGCAACAUGCUUACGAUGAAGGCGGUGAGGCGGAUGGUGAAGAAGAGGGUGAUGGUGAUGGGGAAGGUGAUGAUAUUGAAGAAGUACUCGAAGAUGAUGAAGAAGAUGGAGACGAUGAAGAAUUAGAAGGAGAAGUGGAUGGCAAUUGUGAGGAGGAUAUUGAUAUGACAAUGACAUUGCACGAUGACGAGAGUAUAGAUAUAAGGAAGCAUGUGAUUGGUGGCGAAGAAGACGAAGAAGAUGAGGAAGAGGAUGAAGAAGACGAUGAGGAUGAUGAGGAUGACGAUGAUAUGGCAUUAAGCAACGCGAAACGUGCUAAGAGCGCACAUCGUCAACCGCAAGCGCUUGAGAAUUUAAUACUUUCGAAUGUCGCCUAUAAAAGCGACGAAUUGUCUCAGGCACUCUGUGAUUUCCGUCAAGACUUUCCAACCGAUUUGGUGCACGUCUUUCCGCCGAUUGCUAAUUUCAAAACAGCUUCAGGCAGCGCAGCGUUCAGCACCUUGCAGCAAUGCACCGCAGCAGCAGCCGCCGCCGCAGCAGCCGAUGUUGCAAAUGCUGCCGCUGCAGCCGCUGACAUUGCCAAUGCUGUCAAGGUGGUCGGACAUGAUGUCGAUGGUGCCACAGCUGCUGGCGUCAUAACCGCUACCGGCAUGUAUCCAGCAUUGGAGAGCUUUGACCAAUUUCCUGGCGAUAUUCCCGGCGAUAUGGAUGAUAUAUUGCAAAUAUUCCAAAAUGAUCCUUCGUUGCAGGAGCUGCAUAAUUGUGCCGAGCUGGGCGACCUGAAUUCAAUAUGCAAGAACCGCUUUAGCAGCAACUGGAUGCCGACGCCGAAGUGGACCGGCCAGGAUCACUUGAUGGCGACGCAUCAGCAGGCGCUGCUUUCGGCCGAAGACCAACAGCAGCAGCAACAACGUCAGGCAACUAAUCAAAUGCUUCUCGAAUAUCAGCAUGAGCUGCAAAUGGGGGAGCAAAUGCAGCAGCAUCAACACCACCAGACUUUCUCGUUUUUGCCGCUUCCGUCAGAUGAUGCCGCCGUAGCCGCCGCAGCUGCGCAGCAUCAGCAAAUGCAACAGACACUGCCACAUCAAGGUGAUUUUCUGCUACAACAGCCGCAUCAACAACUACAACAACACCAGCAACUUAUACUGCAAGAAGAUGAGGAAGAAUUAAAGCAGCGUCAGUUGCAUAUGAUCCAGCAAUUGCAGCAGGAUCGUUCCAGCGAUCGAUUGCGCAAAGCAUUGGCGGCCUGUGCGGCCAAUCAGCUACAACAACAACAGCAGCAGCAGCAACAACCGCAACAGAAACAGCAACAACAACAACAGCAGCAGCAGGCAGCAGCAGCCGCCGCAGCCAAUUACGUCUUCAAUGUGGAGAGUGGUGACAAGUCGGCCCAAUCGUUGCAGUUGCUGUUCCAGCUGCCACCGUCGGUGCAGCAGCAGCAUCAACACCAGCAACAGCAGCAGGAUGUGCACGAUGCGGCACAACAGUUGCAGCAUUUGCAGUUGCAAGAGUUGCCAGAUAAUCAAAAACAACAACUGAUGCAUGAAUUCUCGCAGCAAGCGGAAAGUUUAAUGCAGCAGCAGCAACAACAACAGCAGCAACAGCAACAGCAACCUACAACACUCGAUCAGGUGGCGCAGAGUAAUCUGCUCCUGCAGCAACAUGCUUUGCAUCAGCAAGUCCUCAAACAGAAGCAACAACAUCUUCAACAACAGCAGUUAUUAUUGCAGCAACAACAACAACAGUUACAGCAACGACAACAGCAACAACAACAACAGCAGCAACAACAGGUACAAGUUGCCACACAAACGCAACCACCAGUCGUUGCCCCUUUCAGCAAUGCCUCACCUUCUGCAGCACGAGGAUGUACACAAUUCCAUGCCACUAUCUCACCACUAACGAAUGAUGUUGGACUCGGCGUUUGCACACUCUCAACGCAACAACAGCAAAUGGCUGCAGCUGCCGCAGCGGCAGCACAACAACUGCCCGAACCACCUAUAAUAACAUCGACAAAAAUCUCGGGCGGCAUCGCAAAGAAAGCGAUCGACAAACAGUCCCGUAAGGAGCGCAAUCGUUAUGCUGCGCUGCGUCAAACACCAGCAGGCAGUCAAGCGAAUACCACGAAUCAACAACAAUACCAACAAACCGUUGCCACUACUACACCCGACAAGACUAUCGAUGUCGAUUCGGAAACUGACUCCAAUCAUGACACCGCACUAACUUUGGCUUGUGCCGGCGGCCAUGAAGAGCUCGUUCAACUAUUACUAAACCGUAAUGCCAACAUCGAGCAUCGCGACAAGAAAGGCUUUACACCGUUGAUACUGGCCGCCACAGCGGGUCAUGAGAAGGUUGUCGAGAUACUGUUAAAGCACGGCGCCGAAUUAGAGGCACAAUCGGAGCGCACUAAGGACACUCCACUUUCUUUGGCCUGUUCGGGCGGUCGUUAUGAAGUGGUUGAACUCUUGCUGAAACACAAUGCCAACAAGGAACAUCGUAACGUAUCCGACUAUACGCCACUUAGUUUGGCAGCCAGCGGUGGCUAUGUGAAUAUUAUAAAAUUGUUAUUGAAUCAUGGCGCAGAGAUAAAUUCACGCACCGGCAGCAAAUUGGGUAUUUCACCGUUAAUGUUGGCCGCUAUGAAUGGCCAUACUGCCGCCGUUAAAUUGCUCUUGGAUCAGGGCUCUGAUAUAAAUGCGCAAAUUGAGACUAACCGCAACACUGCUUUAACGCUCGCAUGCUUCCAAGGUCGCCACGAAGUGGUCAGUUUGCUAUUGGAUCGUAAGGCGAACGUUGAGCACCGCGCUAAAACCGGACUUACACCACUAAUGGAAGCGGCGUCGGGAGGUUAUAUUGAUGUAGGACGUGUACUGUUGGACAAGGGUGCCGAUGUGAACGCAGCACCUGUACCGACAUCACGUGACACCGCACUCACUAUUGCAGCUGACAAGGGUCACUUGAAGUUUGUCGAGUUACUGUUGGCACGUAACGCCGCCGUCGAGGUGAAAAAUAAAAAAGGCAAUUCACCGCUUUGGCUGGCAGCACAUGGUGGCCACUUGAGCGUCGUCGAGAUAUUAUAUAACCAUAAUGCCGACAUUGAUUCGCAAGACAAUCGUCGUGUAUCAUGUCUGAUGGCUGCCUUCCGUAAGGGUCACACCAAGACCGUGAAAUGGAUGGUACAAUUCGUGACACAGUUUCCCUCCGAUCAGGAGAUGAGUCGCUUCAUUAGUACCAUCAGUGAUAAGGAACUGUCUGAGAAAUGCCACGAUUGCAUGAAAUUCAUACGUUCUGCCAAAGAGGCACAGGCUGUAAAAGCAAAUGAAAAUGCUUCCAUACUACUCAAGGAAUUGGAUAAUGAGCGUACACGUGAAGAGAGCCGUAAAGCCGCUGCAGCGCGUCGUCGCGAGCGUAAAAAGAAGAAGAAGUUGGAAAAGAAAGAGGAGAAGCGACGCCAAAUGGAGGGCGCCACCGGCGGCAGUGAAAUAUCUGGCUCAAAUGAUGCUGACGAAAAAGACUCGGAUCAAGACGAUGACAGUGAUCGUGAGGAGAAUGGGCUUGAAGAUGAUGACGAUAAUCAAAAUGUACCGAACUACCGCGAAGAGGGCGAUUCCGGCAUCGAUCAAGGCUCAUGCUCGAGCGCCGAAAUUAAAACAGUUAAUGUUGGUAACAGCAAUAACAACGUUCAGCAGCGUGAGGCCGAUAAAAAUGGCAAAAACGGUAAAAAUAACAAGAAAAAGAAGAACGCAUCACCAAGUAAUAACAGCAAGGAAAACAACAGCGCACAGCAGCCAUCCAAUGCUGCUCCAGCUGAAGACACACCAGCGCAGUCAAGCAGAAAUGUGGGCAAACAAGCCGCCUCAGCCAAAAAACAACCAGAUAGAGAACAUGAACAAACACCGGCAAAAAGUAAUGGUGCCAGUGCAAAAAAGUCCGGCACACAAGCAGGCGAGCCAACGAAUACACAUAGCACAGCAAAGUCGACCAGCACAUCAACUGGAGCCAUCAAAAAGAUCGAAAGUCAGCAGCUCAGCGCUCGGAAGGAAGAGGCGAGCAAAAAACGUGACACGAACAAACAACGCGAGAAAGAGAACCUUGCGCCGAAAGAAAGCCAACUAACUAGCAGUGGUCGCCAAUCGCAACGUGAACAGGAACUACAUGCAAUGUACCUUGCGGAUAAGUCUAUAGAUCCACAUUAUGCCGCGCAUGCAGCAAAAGCUGGUAUCCCUAUCCCCGCUAGUACUGGCAUCCCAACUACGCGGAAGUCACUAAUUUUCUCAGCUUCACGUUGCCUCAUGAAAAGUAGCGUUGCUCUUCUGAAUGAAGAGGCCAAAUCUGGAAAGCAUGAGGAUCACUUGGCCGUUGGCGGUACUACACAGCACAAAUCGACACCACCCAAACGUGGCGAGGAUGGCUGGAAAGAGGUGGUGCGUAAGAGUUCUACCCAACAAAGUAGCACUACUUCAUCCACGACCAGCGCUUCGACCAGUGCUUCGUCCACAUCGGCAGGUGUGCCCAGCGCCACUGCAAGUGGCAACGCAAGUGGCGCUACAGGAGGUGCCACCGCAACUGCUCCUACAACUGCCACUGAAAUGACAUGUAAGAAAGUGCAAGUGCCUGUGAACGCGAUUUCGCGUGUUAUUGGCCGUGCCGGCAGCAACAUUAACGCAAUACGCGCAACCACGGGCGCUCAUAUCGAGGUUGAGAAACAAGGCAAGAACCAAUCAGAACGCAGCAUUACCAUUAAAGGACAAACCGAUGCCACUAAGCAGGCACACAUGCUUAUCUUGGCACUCAUCAAGGAUCCCGACGUAGACAUAUUGCAGAUGUUGCCACGCAUAAAUACCAGCAUAAAGGCGUCGUCUCUGCCCUUAAGUGUAGGCACUUGGGACAACAAAACAGCGGCAUCAGCGGGGCAGUCCUCCUCGGCUUCCACAGCUUCCUCCACAUCAUCAUCGGCAUCGGUAUCGGCUACUUAUACAACUAACAACGCCGGCAAUGGCUGUCCCCACUCAGCCAAUAACAACGGCUCAGGAGUUGGUGGUAAUACCGGUGCUAGUUCUAAAGGCUCCGCUGCUGGUAGCUCAAAGGGCGGUAAAACGCAAUCCACUGGUGGCAGUGGCAAGUCGAACGCUGUGCGCUCGCAAACAGCUAAAACGGCUUUCCUACAACAACAACCGGGUAAUCGCGGCAGCCAGUCGCAGUCCACAAUCACGUCACAGAAGUUGAAAUCUCAAGACGCAGCCAAUAACAAGUCUACGAGUUCCUCUCAUAACAAUAACGGUAGUAGUGCUAUGCAUUCGCAGAAAGCUAGCAACUCAGGCAAACAACAACAUUCGGGUAAUGGCGAGAGAGGCAAUAACACCAUUAUCAAUACACAGACAUUCGCUGCUAAAUUGGGCGGAAGUACUGCUUCUGCGCACAUGUCUCAUAAUUCACCAUCGAAAAAAGUCGGUGAUGGCAUGAGCACUGGACGUAUAGGCGCAACUGCACCUUACGGACGCGGUAAACCUGUUCCUAGCAGCGCCGCCUCAGUGCCACAGCUAGGCGGUAGUGUAGGUAGCAACAAUCAAAAUAACAACAGCGCCAAUAAUGCGCUGGCUGGCCCUAUUGGCGUUUUUAAUCCAGCUGAAGUGGCUGCUGUGAAUGCUGCGGCUGCCGCAGCUGCUGCCGCUGCCGCCGCCGCUUCUGCAGCUUCCGCAGUAUCGAGCGCGCAUUCUGCUACAACAACAUCAACAGCAACAUUCACGUCAGGCUCAACAACUGCAACAACUACAUCGACAACAGCAGCAACAUUUGCCGCUGCACCCGGCACACGUGCCGUCACACCAAUCGGACCACCAAAUAAGCGUAACCAAGGCUCACCAGUAACUGCCGCUUCGGCUUCAUCAGCACAGCAGCAACAGCAAGUCUCACAAAUGCAGCAGAUUCAGAACCAGCAACAGAACAGCGGAUCUCCGGCGUCCGCCGCUGCAGUACAUCCUACAGUGGGAACUGCUACGGAUAUUCAGCAACAGCAACAACAACUUGUCAUUAACUGUGCUGAACCGACAGCCACUGGCCACCCUGACGGACUUAACAAUGCAACAACAGCUGGCAGCUUCGGCUCACAGCUCGCUUCAAAAAUAAGCAACGAAUACACGCUUUUCUUUAACUAUACAACGCAGUGGGGGGAUAAUGUGCAAAUGUACAAUUCACCAUCGGCACUCGUUAGUGAUUCGCUACCCAAAGCGGAUGCCUCAAAGGCACCAGGUUAUAAUCGCAAUAUUCUUAAUUCACCAGUAGGUGGAAGUUCUAAGGCCUCAUCGAAUCACUCGGCUUCUCCGCCCAGCAGCAAUAUGAUGUCUGCACCGAUUGGUAUAGUACUGAUAGACAGUGUUGGCAACCCUAUACCACAAACGCAUAACCGCAAAAUUGCGACCAGCAAGGCAGGUGGUGACACGUCGACUGCGGGCUCUUCACCCGGAAUUAAUACAGCGUCUUCGGUAGCGACAAGUGGUGACAGUACCACGAUUACAACAACAAAUAUUGGCGAACGCGUUGAUAUGGGUGUCAGUUUGGCCGGUGGUAAUGGCACUGCUGCCGCCGCCUCAGCCAAAGAAAUGCAGCUAUCUAGCGCAAACAGUGGAGCUAAUGGCAGCGAGACACACAUGUCACCCGGUGUUAUUAAGCCACCAGCACCGAUCGGCCAGCCACCAGUAGUGAACACAUCUAUGAGCUCAAAUAACAAUGCCUCAUCGAGUAUGCCCGCCAGUGGUCUGGCUAUACAACGUCCGCCACCAAACAGCAACAACAACCAACAACAACGGUCAGGUGUAGGGAACGCCUCUCAUACGCCACCUUCAUCGAAUGUUGGCACACUAGAGGGCAGUGCGGUUAGCACACAACCACCUACCAUGAACUUCGGUCCGAUCGGUCCCAAUCACUCGGCGCGUAACAACAACAACGGACCACCCGGCGCCAUUGGUGAACCGCCAUUGAAUCGUUUCUUUGAACCAAUGAACGUCGCUGGCAAUGCAGGUAUGCCGCAUCACGUGAAAAUGCCACCUCCUUACGGUAUGCAAAUGCAUGGUAAUAUGGGUGGCGUUGGUGGCAAUGGCAAUCACCCACUAUCACGACUUAAUCUACGUAAUUCGACAUUCGGUGCACCCGGUGGCGGUGUAGGCAAUAUGGGUUCGAUGCCACCAGCGCCAAUCGGUCAACCACCACAGCAACAGCCAUUAUUGGGUGGUGGCAUAUACCAACAACAUCAACCGCCACCGCCUCCACCGGCAAAUCCUAAUUUCCCAACAGGCAAAUCAAUGGCACCGGGUGCAAAUCUAGCGCCUGGUGCACGUGCACAGUCUCAACCACAAAAUGGCCCACCAGGGCCAAAUGCCGCCGCUCAACGUUGGUAUGGGGGCUAUAUGGAUGUGUUGAAUUUGGAGAAUGGUGGUCUGGGUGGAGCAGGAAAUAAUUCCCCGGCAGCAAUGUCACCUAAUCAAGCCGCCGCAGUCAGCGGCAAUCUGCUACAACAACAUGUCGCCCAGCAGCAGCAAGAGGAUAUGCGCAAAAUGCCACGACCUAUCGGCACCGAACGCGCCUCAUGGAAAUGCAACAACUAUCCAAUGAAUAUGGGCGGCGGUGGUGGCAUGCCGGGCCCCGGUAUGGACGAUGGCAUGGGGGGCGGUUCCGGUAUGCCCGGAGCUGUUGCUGGCCUAAUGCACGGCCCUUGGAUGAUGGACAAACCGCAGCAAGCGGCACCACCACAGCAGGUGCAACAGCAUUCGAAUUGGAUGAAGCAGCAAUAUCGCUUCUAUGGUGGCGCAGCAGCUGGCGGUGCUCUGGGUGGCAUGGGUGGACCUGGCGACUAUCAUCAUCAGCAGGAUCAAUUUCACAUGCCUCUCGAUUAUCACAACUCGAUGGCACCACAUAAUUUGCAACAGAAUACAGCGAUGAACCUAAUGCCACCCUAUGGCUACCCGUAUAUGGGUCAAGGCGCCGAAAUGGGGCACGUUGACAAAUUAGAAAUGUGGGACCACGACAAGCAGAUGUGGCAAAAUUGGUCCAAUUGAUGCUUCAGUGCUCAACAA